UGGUCUUCCGCCCCUUUGAGUGGGGUCGUUGGAAGGAGCCAACGCAGACGGCGUCUGCCGUUUGCGUUUUGGGAUUUCGCUACGAUUGUGAAGGAUUCAUUUCUUUUCCUAGCACAGGGCCAGUGAGGGCCUCCCCCAGCGGGGGGAAGUUUGCGGUAGUGUCGGGCCAUUUUUGAGGGCAAUGCCAGUGAGG